UUCAAUCAGAGAGAUAGAAACAAGUUUAGCUUGGUCAGCAAUGAUCAGUUGUGCACCAUUUGUUUGCAAGAACCCUAGCUUACUGGGCUCUUCACAUUUCUUGCAUAAUUUUGACACACACCCAAAAAUCCAAGAAAUUAAACAUCAAAAUUGCUUAAAAAAUGGUGCAAGAUUUAGCAAAAGGAGGGGAAUGAUUGUCUGUGCACUGCCAUUGCUAGUAGACCCAUGGGCACCAAGCAUAGAUUCACAGAGCAUAGCUUCACAGCUCUUUGCAGUUUCUUUGUUCCCUUAUCUUGGUUUCUUGUACUUCAUCACCAAGUCUAAGUCCUCUCCAAAGCUUACCCUUUUUGGGUUCUAUUUCUUGCUUGCUUUUGUGGGUGCUACAAUCCCAGCCGGAAUCUAUGCUAAGGUGCAUUACGGAACUUCCUUAUCCAAUGUGGACUGGUUGCACGGUGGUGCUGAGUCGCUGCUCACUUUGACCAACUUAUUCAUCGUAUUGGGGCUAAGGAAAGCUCUUAGGGAAAUUAAGAAUGAUGAAGCAAGCACAUCCAGUGGUAGUUCAGCUACCAAAGAUAAGCAGAAGCCAUCCGUCUAAGUGCAGAUUAUAAGAACAGUACUAAAUCGCUGGGUCUUUUUUUCAUUUGCAAACUUAUAUGCUUCACCCUAAUGUACAUGAUAUUUCCUUACACAUCCUGAUCCUAUAUAUUCAUCACAAGACUCUCCUCAUUUGGCUUCA